AUGAGUCUGCAAGCUGUCGAUAUUGAAAACAUUGGAGAUGGUUCUUCCAUGGAAAAUUUUGAUUUUGCAUCUAUAGAGGCCACCAGCAGGCCUUCUAUUCUAUGCCCUUCACAGAAAGAAAAUGUGCCACCCAAGGGUGUAGCGAGGAACGUUAAGGUAACUUUUCAAGUACCUGUACGGGAUCUUCAGAAUUGCAAGAUUCUGAGUCCAGGCUCAAAGAAAAAAGUAGAACCGCAUCCAAUAAUAAAAGACCAUGAAGUGAUUCCAGAGGAUUUUGACAUCUGUAUACCCAGUGCUGGGGAAAAGACUGAGCUAAUGGUAACAGGAAGCAAAGCUCUGGUUGAAGCAGAGGAAACUCCAUCUGAGCCUGCAAGAGAGCUGAAGGCGAGCCAGAGCACCUCCUUGGGUGAUGGCGAUGCAUCGUUAAGUAAUUGUGGCUUAAUGUCAAAAACGUCUUGUGGAUUGUCUGAAAUGAUGGUUAAUGGAGACAAUGAAGAGUUCAGAUCCCCCAGAGAAAUUUUAGGAAUGAGCAUAGAGCUGGACUACUUGGAGCAAUUUGGAAUGACCUCGUUCAAGGAAUCGGCUUGGAGAAAACAGUCUCUCUAUUUGAAAUUUGAUCCUCUGCUCACUGAAAGUCCCAAGAAAAUCAGUCCUCGUGCAGUUGAAGCAGUACCUUCAGUUCCUUAUUUGAAUUUUUAUAGACAGUGUACUGAAAUAUCCCCUUAUGAAAUAAAAACUCCUGAAUGCCUCAAGGAACUACUAAAAGUGAACCUCCUAGGAACAACCCCAGACCUGGUGGAAGCUUCUGCAGACAUGCCAGCUACCAGUGAUCCUUUGCCAUUCUCUUGUGCUCCAGUGCCAACUGAGUCUAUCAUAGACGUAUUGCAAUAUAGCCAAAAAGACAUGGAUGAAGCUGUAGAAAAGGUUAAGCACGAGAUGGACGCUGUGGUUCAAAAGCUAACUUCUGAGAUGCAAGAAAAGCAGAGGGAAGUUUUGGAAUGGAAGGCGAAGUAUGACAAAAUUUACAUCGAAACACAAGAAAUGGGGAAAAUACUUGAGGGGUUUGAAGGCACCAUAACGCAAGUAGUGGAGGAUUCCGAGAACCAAAAGGAACUUGCCAAAAAAGAGCUGCAGAAAGUACUGGAUGAGAAACAGCAACUUCUCUGUGAUCUGAACUCCAUGGAGAAAUCCUUCGCCGACCUCCUCAAACGAUCUGAGAAACGGAAAGAGGCGAUAGAGGGCUUUCAAAAGAAUGAAGAGGCCUUGAAGAAAUGUGUCGAAGACCAAGCGGCCAGAAUUGAGAAGGAAGAGAAGAGAUACCAAGCGCUGAAGGCGCAUGCGGAAGAAAAAUUAUGCCAAGCCAAUGAAGAGAUUGCUCAAGUAAGGAGCAAAGCCAAAGCAGAAGUAGCGGCACUGCAGGCUAGCUUGCGCAAGGAACAAGUGAGAGCCCAGUCGCUGGAGAGACUUGUCGAGCAGAAGGUGAAGGAAAAUGAAGAACUGACAAAAAUCUGCGAUGACUUGAUUUCAAGAAUGGAGAAAAGAUAG